CAGAGACAGAGAAACAGGGUGGACGUGUUCAGGUCCUCUGAUACCUGUCUGACUCAGAAUGAAGAUCCUCCUCAUCUUCACCCUCUUCCUGAUUUCAGUAGGUGGAGGAGAAUCAGGGAGAGUGAUAGGAUAUUCAGGAGGAGGAGUCCUCAUCAAGUGCACAUACGACACACAAUACACAUCAAACCCAAAGUACCUCUGUACGGGUUUAUGGCCCUGCAUGACGAAGCAAAUUUGGACAAACGGUAAAAAUCAGUGGAUGAAUAUGGGAAGAUUCUCACUGUUUGAUGACACCAGAGCUGCAGAGUUCUGGGUGUUGAUCAGAGAGCUCAAUGUAGAGGAUUCUGGAACAUACAAGUGUGCAGUUGAUAAAUCUGGCAUUGAUGUCUACACACCAGUGGAACUGAAUGUAAUGGAAGAUCAAAACUACAUGAAGAGCAUCAGUGUGAUUGGCCAUGUAGGAGGAAGUGUGAACAUCAGCUGCAAAUACCCACAAUCCCACAGCAGUGACCCCAAGUUUCUCUGUAGGAGAGUGGACACUGCUGACUGUAGUUAUAAAACAUCUGUUAAAGAGAGCAGAAGAUGGAUAAAUGAGGGAAAACUGUAUCUACAUGAUGAUGGAAAGCAGAUCUUCACUGUGAUCAUCAACAGUCUGACUGAGGGAGACUCUGGUGAAUACUGGUGUGGAGCUGAAUCAGACUGGACAUCUGAUCAUGGAUACAAGGUUUAUAUCACACAGACCAACCUCAGAGUUAGUGAACAAGAAUCUCCAACAACAAUAUCAUCAUCAUCUUCAUCUCCAUCACCAUCAAGCACAAUCCCACAGAGCACAGAAGUAACCACAUCUCCAACAUCCAUAUCCACUGGAAACUCCUCAAUGGAGACAAAUUCAUCAAAAGAGUUCCCAGCUUCCUCUGUGAUCACUGUUGUUUGUGUGAUUCUGGUGGUGUUUUUGAUUGGACUCAUAUUCAUGAUUCUCGCUGUACGAAAAAGACUCAGGCCUCAAGAUGCAGCCUCAACCCCUACCCAACCCCUCAGAGGCUCCUCAAAUAACUUCAGGUAUCCCGUUGAUGUCUAUUCUAACACUGAAGAGACAGGAAAUCUUCCUGACUCAGACGCUGGAUUUUCCACAGUCUACUCUUCCAUCAGUUCACCUACACACCCCUCAGAUCCUUCUCAACAUAUUCAUGACAAUGACCAGUUACCCACAAGCCCCUAUGAGAUUUCAGAUCCUAUUUAUUCUAACACAGUUAUCAUCUAG